GGGUCAUCUGGCGCUGGAUCGUCUGGCUCGACAGCAGGCAUCGGGUCACCAGGCAUGACAGCGGGCACUGGGUCAUCAGGCAUUGGAUCGUCUGGCUCGACAGCGGGCAUCGGGUCACCAGGCAUGACAGCGGGCACCAGGUCAUCAGGCAUUGGAUCGUCUGGCUCGACAGCGGGCAUCGGGUCACCAGGCAUGACAGCGGGCACCGGAUCGUCUGGAUCGACAGCGGGCAUCGGGUCAUCAGGCAUUGGAUCGUCUGGCUCCACAGCGGGCAUCGGGUAACCAGGUAUGACAGCGGGCACUGGGUCAUCAGGCAUUGGAUCGUCUGGCUGGAUCAGUUCAUCAGGCUGGGUACAGACAUCAGACUGGGUAGAGACAUCAGGCUGAAGUGCGGGUGCCGAGGCACCAGGCUGAACCACGGAAGGCAGGUUCUCAGACGGCAGGCUCACCGGUUUGGAUACUGGCAGGAUGGUAUUGGUUGGAAAG